CCAUUCCCAAGCUAGAACCCGGCUGCAGGGAUGAGCGAAACUGGAGUCACGCAGGUCCUGUCGCUGUCGGGCUCUCCGCUUUCAUUCAAAGCUCAGCCUCCGACCCUGCACUUGCCUUUCCCCUCUGAUCGUAGUGACUGUUUCCGAGACCCCAGGGUGCGAUUCUGGUUGGUGAAAACUAAGCCAAAUCCUGGACGGGAGGUCACGUUGCGCACCAGUCCGCGUGUCUCUGUCCUGCCUGCGAAGAUGUUGGCAUACCGGGAAAGAUCUUCUGCUUUGGAUUAUUUUAUUUUAUUUUCAAGGAACACCUUGUUUCAGAUUACAUAAUUGCAAGAACUGAUGGGAGAGGAAUCCCGUCUUAAAUUCAUCUAGUUUCCGCCUCUAUUGAACGAUUCCUUCCUAGCAGACAGGACUCUCAAUAAGGGUCUGUCACCGCUGGAAGAGGCUAGUGGAUGACCGGUGGCUGUGGCGACACGUCGACCUGACCCUCUACACGAUGCGGCCGAAAGUCAUGUGGCACCUCCUGCGCCGAUACAUGGCGUCCCGGCUCCAUUCGCUGCGCAUGGGCGGCUACCUGUUCUCCGGCUCUCAUGCCCCACAGCUGUCCCCCGCCUUGAUGCGGGCCUUGGGCCAGAAGUGCCCCAACCUGAAGCGCCUGUGCCUGCACGUGGCUGAUCUGAGCAUGGUGCCUAUCACCAGCCUGCCUGCCACGCUGAGAACCCUGGAGCUGCACAGCUGCGAGAUCUCAAUGGCCUGGUUGCAGAAGGAGGUGGACCCCACGGUGCUGCCCCUGCUGGAGUGCAUCGUGCUGGAUCGAGUGCCAGCCUUCCGUGACGAGCACCUGCAGGGCCUUACCCGCUUCAGAGCCCUGCGCUCACUGGUGCUGGGUGGCACCUACCGAGUCACUGAGACCGGGCUGGAUGCCAGCCUGCAGGAGCUCAGUUACCUGAAAAGGCUGGAGGUGCUGGGCUGCACCCUGUCAGCUGACAGCACCCUGCUGGCUAUCAGCCGAAACCUCCGAGAUGUGCGCAAGAUUCGGCUGACCGUUGGGGGCCUCUCAGCCCAGGGUCUGGUUUUCCUGGAGGGAAUGCCUGCCCUGGAGAGCUUGUGCUUCCAGGGUCCCCUCAUCACCCCAGAAAUGCCCACACCCGCUCAGAUUGUGUCGUCCUGCCUCACCAUGCCUAAGCUUAGAGUGCUUGAGGUGCAAGGGCUUGGCUGGGAGGGCCAGGAGGCAGAGAAGGUCCUAUGUAAGGGCCUGCCCAACUGCCUGGUUAUUGUCAGGGCUUGUCCCAAAGAAUCCAUGGAUUGGUGGAUGUAAAGGCAUCACCCAUCCAUCCCUGGGACCUGUCCUAGAUUUCAAAGUUGACCUUCUAAGCACCAAACUGAAGCAUGGAAAUUAAUUAGGCUUGAGGGAACUGGAGGUCACAAGGAAAGGAAACUAGGCCCUCGGGACCUCCAGAACUAGGGUUAUCUGUAAUUAGAGUGACCUCAGACUUGUCAUCCAGCCUCUGGGAGGCCCAAUUCACAUGGUUAGGAAUAGGCAUCAUAGCUACCUCAUGAUUCAUUUGUAAUCCUCCCCCCCCACCCUUUUUUCCAGUUCCUGGGGAUCAAUUAGGCAAGCACUGCUGUGCUGCUGAAUCACAUAGGAGCCCCAGGAAGCCUUAAUGUCUAACAGAUCCCAGAAGACCCUGAUAGCGGGACCAUUUUCAGGAAUGGUCAGGUACAAGUGAAUGGGAGCAAGGGCUCUAAGAUCUGCUUGGUGGUCUGCCUUCAUGCUUUGGAGGCACAGGAGCCAUGCUGUUGAACUGUCCUAGUGUUCUAAAAGUUUCUCAAUUGUAUUUUGUAUACUGCCUUUUUCAAGUUUUCUACAGCAUAUAAUAUUUUACUAUUAAAGAAAAAUAAUGUUUUUCAAA